UCGUAUUUUUUUUAAGAUAAAAGUUCAAAAGAGGAAAAAGUUUUUGUUCGAUAAAGUUACACAUUUACAAUAUAUAACUGUUUCAUCUAUGUUCUCGUUCCAGUGUCGAUAGUAUUUCCAUGAAUUCUACGAUUACUAUCGAAGAUACCGACGAAGAGGUGAUUGAUUUGGACUCGAGCCAAGAUGCCAUCAAUGUUACUGACAAUGACCAAAGUGAAUAUUCGAUUGAAAAAAAUUCAUUAUCGAACAACAAUGCGAAGAAAACGAACAUAAUUAGUGAUUAUGUAGAUAAUAAUAAAAAUACAUCUAUGAGAAUAACAUGUGAUAGCGCAAGUACAUCAAAACCACUUUUGAAGGUUAUAUUUCGAGAUGAAAGUAUUUCACGGCAAUAUAAUAAAAAAAUUAAAGAAUUUCUAGAAGAAUUAGAAUCUUGCAAAAUUAGAUGUCAAGAAAAUGAUAAUGGUUUAACAUUAGAAGUUUGGGAUAAUGAUACUGAUUCUAUAAGUCAGUCUAUUGAAAUUACUACAGAAAGUGAAGAUAGUCAAGAUAUAAUAUGUGAUACAUUAUUUACUGUAGAUAAACAACCAAAACUUAAAGAUGAUUUUGAUGUUCCAACUUAUGGAAAGAAAUAUGAAAAUGUGUUUGAUAAAGAAAUAUUAGAAUCAGAUAUAAAACUAAAGACUGACUGUCCAUCUUCAAGAAUGAUGUGUUUUAAUUGUUUGGAAAAUCAUAAUUUACGAGAUUGUCCAGAACCAAGAAAUUAUGCUAAUAUAGAAAUAAAUAGAAAAAAUUUCAAUAUGAAAAACACAAGAACUGUUAGAUAUCAUUUGGAAGAUAAUCAAAGAUUUGGUCAUAUAAUUCCUGGUCAAUUAAGCAAUAAUUUACGUAAAGCACUAGGUCUGAGAAGUAAUGAAUUACCUAGACAUAUAUAUAGAAUGAGAAUGCUUGGUUACCCUCCAGGAUGGUUAGAGGAAGCACGUUUACAACACUCUGGUUUGUCUUUAUUUAAUUCUGAUGGUAUUCCAGUAGAAGAUCCUAAUGAUGAACCAGGAUCUAUUAUCGAAGAAGGUGAUAGAGAUCAAUAUGAUAUAAAAAAAAUAUAUGAUUUUCCUGGUUUUAAUGUACCAGCUCCACCUGGUACCCGUGAUGAGGAUGGACAAUAUUGGAUAUCAAGAAUGUUAACUAUUAAUAGUAAACAAAGAAUGUUACUACAAUUAAGAGGAAAGAAAGCAGAUGAUGGAUAUAAGAGAAAAAAACUCAAGACUAUUAAUAGUACAUCAAAUGAUAGUCCAGCACCACAACCUAGUGAAAUGGAAAUUGAAGAUACAGAAGAAAGUGUAGUAGAAUAUGUACCUGCUAAUGGAUUAUUUGUGCCACCAUUACCAUCAGAAUCCCCAUUGAAACCACCUGAACCACCAUUACCAUCACAAACAAUAUCUGAAGAUUCAGAUUAUCAUUCUCAAGAAUUACAACUUUCUAAGCCACUAGAAAAUAACAUAUCACCUUCUUCGCGAACGAAAUCCCCAUCAUUACUUGAAUUGGAGAAUAUGAAAAAACAAUUACUUGUAGAACUUCAAGAAUCAAAUUUAGAUAUUCCAUUGAAAAGCAAUUCUUCAAAUUCAAUUCCAAAAUCUGAUACAUUACCAUCUAGCAAUGAAACUACUCCAGAAUCAAAUCAUAUUCGUCAAAAUGAAUUAAAUACAAGUCAUGGAAGUGUGAAAUCUAUUGAUUUAGGCACACCUGUGUUACAAAGUACAUCUCCAUAUAAUAAAUUACCAUCAUCUGAAAAAUUUUCAAAGAAUAUUUGCAAUGUGAUUAAUUACGAAAAUUUACCGGAUUCAACAGGUAAGUACGAACAAAUGACAGGAGUUUUGCAAAAAGUAAGAAACACAUUGGCAAAACUUAAUCAAGAAUAGUCAUAAAUAUUCAAUUAGGUUUCAUAAUAUCAAAGGAAUAUCAUAAUUCAUAAAUAUAAAUUUUUCAUUAAAAAGUAAGCAAUAA